AUGGUCAAGUCGUACAGCAAAUAUGAGCAGACCGACGCUUUCGGCGUGGUCGCGACGGCUACCUCGAACAUUGUCUGGACCCCCGAAGGCCUCACCCAGCCGGGCUCCAGUCGGCCUGCAGGCGCCGGACGCGCAUACGCCGCUGCCAACGAGGAGGUGCUGUGCUGGGAUAUCAAGAAAAGCGAGCUUGUGAGCCGCUGGCGCGACAAUUCCUGCACUGACCAAGUCACCGUCAUCCGCCGAAGCGAGGUGGAUCCAGACAUCUUCGCCGUUGGGUAUGCAGACGGAAGCAUACGCAUUUGGGAUGCGCGCACGUCGACCGUCGUUAUCAGCUUCAAUGGUCACAAGACGGCAGUCACAGUCCUUGCUUUUGACCAGAGCGGCGUCCGAUUGGCCAGUGGUUCCAAAGACACGGACAUCAUCAUAUGGGAUCUGGUCUCCGAAACAGGCUUGUUCAAGCUGAGAGGACACAAGGGUCAAAUCACCGGGCUGCACUUUAUCCACCCUGAAGAUGCGCCGCAAGAGGAUGGCGUCAGUGGCGAAGAUGUGGAAAUGGACCAGGACCAGGCGUUUCUGCUGUCCACCAGCAAGGAUGCGUUGAUCAAGAUUUGGGACGUCACCACUCAACACUGCAUCGAGACGCACAUUGCGCAAACAAACGGGGAAUGCUGGGCUCUCGGGGUCUCGCCAGAUGGCAGUGGCUGCAUCACAGCCGGCAAUGACGGGGAGCUCAAGGUGUGGGCCAUUGAUCAAGCCGGCCUACGAAGAGCUGGUUCAAAGAUUGGUGAAGCCACAGACUUGGAAUACCUUACCCCACGAGGCAUACUAUACCGGCAGGGCAAGGACAGAACACAGGGCAUAUCGUUUUACUCAAAAGCCGACUACAUCGCGGUGCAUGGCGCUGAAAAGGCCGUCGAAAUCUGGCGAAUCAAGACUCCAGAAGAAGUCAGGAAGAGCUUGAUCAGGAAGAGGAAGAGAAAGCGGGAAAAGUCAAAGAACGAGACAAAUGGGGAUGCGCAAGAGGAGGCUGAUGCCGAUGAGAAGAUUAACCCGGCUGACGCUGAAAUUGGCGAAGUCUUUGUGCCAUACGUGACCAUACGGACGGCUGGAAAGGUGAGGUCGGUUGCAUGGAUGUAUAUCAAAGGAACCAAGAAGCUGCAGCUGCUCGUCGGCACCAACAACAACCUACUGGACGUAUACGAGGUACCCCAAAGGAGCAAAUCAAAGAGCGAGGAAGCACCUGACUACUCGCGGACUCUGGCCGUUGAACUCGCGGGUCACAGGAACGACGUGCGAGCGCUUGCACUCAGCUCUGACGACCGCAUGCUGGCCUCUGCGUCAAGCGGAGGUCUUAAGAUCUGGAACGUCAAGACGCAGAAUUGCCUGCGUACACUGGAGUGCGGAUAUGCACUUUGCUGCGCAUUCCUGCCAGGCGACAAGAUCGUUGUCGUAGGCACGAAAGACGGCGACAUUGAGCUGUACGAUAUUGCGGCAUCCACGUUGCUCGACAAGAUCUCCGCACACGAAGGAGCCGUGUGGACUAUGCAAGUUCACCCUGACGGAAAAUCGCUUGUUACCGGCAGUGCAGACAAAUCCGUCAAGUUUUGGAAUUUUGACAUUAUCCAAGAGGAGAUACCAAGAACGAAGCGCACAACACCUCGUCUCAAGCUCAUCCAGUCGCGUAUACUCAAGGUCAACGACGACGUUCUUAGCGUGCAAUUCUCGCCCGACUCUCGAUUAUUAGCCGUUGCGACUCUCGACAAUACUGUCAAGGUGUUCUUCGUGGACUCACUAAAGCUCUUCCUCAACCUAUACGGGCACAAACUGCCAGUGCUCAACAUGUCCAUCUCGAGUGACAGCAAACUCAUUGCUACUUGUUCUGCUGAUAAAAACAUACGCAUCUGGGGUCUAGAUUUUGGAGACUGCCACAAAGCUCUGUUCGGGCACGAGGACAGCAUCAUGCAAAUCUCCUUUAUUCCGCACCCUGUCGACAGCGACGAACGCCACCUCCUUUUCAGUGCAAGCAAAGACAAGACAAUCAAGAGCUGGGAUGGCGAUAAAUUCCAACAGGUUCAGAAGUUCAAGGGUCACCACGGCGAGAUCUGGGCCAUGACGGUAGCGCGAACAGGUGACUUUGUCGUCACAGCCAGUCACGACAAGAGCAUACGGAUCUGGACACGAUCAGAAGAGCCCAUUUUCCUUGAGGAAGAGAGAGAAAAGGAGCUCGAGGAAAUGUAUGAGAAGACGCUUGCAACAAACCUCGAAGACGAAGAAGACCCGAACGGUGAACGCGCCGAAGCAGUCGACGCGAGCAAACAAACCAUCACCACCCUCACAGCGGGUGAACGCAUCCAAGAAGCCCUGGACCUUGGUAUAGCAGACUUGGAAGUUGUUCGCGACUGGGAAAUCCAAAGGAAAUCCAAUCCAAAGAUUGCACCACCGCAGCGCGACCCUCUCUUCCUUGCCCUUGGUAAUAUAUCAGCCGAACGCCAUGUCCUCAACACCCUUUCCAAGAUUCCUGCUGCACAGCUCCAUGAUGCACUCCUUGUCCUGCCUUUCUCUUCUCUACCCGCCCUCUUCACCUUCCUCGCCAUCUGGGUGCGCAAACAAUGGAACAUCACCCUGACCUGCCGUGUCCUCUUCUUCAUGCUCAAGACACAUCAAAAGCAGAUUGUCGCAAGCAGAGAGCUCAAGACGGUGAUUGAAGGAAUGCGAAACGACCUCAGGAACACGUUGAUGGGAAACAAGGAUUUGAUUGGCUUCAACGUUGCAGCUAUGAGAUUUGUGGGCGAGAGAGUGGACGAGGCACAGCUGGUUAGAUGGGAAGAUGUGGAUAAGCUGGAUGAGGAGAAGAACAGGAAGAAGAGAGGGUUCAUUGAUGUAGCAUAGAGUUUCUCAAGGCAUAAGCUAGGCGGCGCACUGGUUCGGUUCAAAAUUACUGUACUAUGGAUUGAAUUACGG